CUUGAAGUUAUGAGUAGAUACUGUCCAUGUCGGGAGAGACGCUGCCCUUGGCGUUGCCUAACUCCACAUUUGGAUCGGGCUCCUCGGUAGCACCUGACUGGUGACGGUUAGAUUCAAAGCGCCGAUAUUGUUGCACUUCAGUCGCAGGUUCUGUUUCAAUACACUUCUUUCGCUCAUGAAAUUCUUUCUUGAUUCUGACUCUUUUCUGCUUGAGUGAAUACUGUUAUGGCGUUGUUCAACCCUUUCAGAAGUCGAACAGAGAACACAAGAUACUGCUGGGGCUAUGAGUUCGAAUGGACAGAAGGCCAUCUCACAGAGGGAAAAGCCAAAGUCCUCAAACAGUCGUAUGAUGUACUUGCGGAGCAAUGCCUUGAUCGUCUCAAUGAGAUUUCGCCACCGAGCAGCGGAGCACUUCCGCGGAGGGAAGAUCCAGCACCAGCUGCAGCGACAGCCACAGACGAAGAAAAGAAGGAAAAACUUCCGCACCCACAAAGAGACCUAUACAUUUUGCUAAGAGAUAAUCAUGAAGCCGAUCCAAAGCUUCAUGAACUCUGGGACGAAGUAAAUACGGUUCCAGACUGGGUGGAUUGGGCACAGAUACAAAGAGGACAAGAUGUAUUCUACCGAUACGGAGGACCGGCCCUGACUGGACUCACAUACCAGUCUCUCUUAGGUGGAAUGGGCGCCGCGAGAGUUGUCGAGACACUGGCGAGGACGGGAGGGUUCUCGACAAAAGUAGCACGACGACGACUUUUCGAGACGACACAACACAUUCUCCAAUGUACAAAGUCUUUGGAAUCCAUCCAGCCAGGAGGUGAAGGCUGGGCCUCGUCCAUCCGAGUUCGACUUCUCCAUGCCGCUGUGCGUCAGCGCAUCACGAAGCUUGCGAAGGAGCGACCUAGUUACUUCAACUUAGAAGAAUGGGGCGUUCCAGUGAACGACCUCGACCAGAUAGCAACUAUCGGAACGUUUUGUGCUACUUUGAUUUGGUUGAGCUUCCCACGCCAAGGCAUCUUCCUCCGCGAACAGGAGAAGAAAGAUUACGUCGCUCUCUGGAGAUACAUUGGUUACAUUAUGGGCACGCCUCACGAACACUUUGAGACACCUGAAAAGGCAAAAGCUAUUAUGGAAUCACUUCUCUGGAAUGAGGUUCAUCCCUCUGAUAUGUCGAAGGUCCUUGCGAAUAACAUCAUCCAUUCUCUUGAGGGCCAGCCACCUACCUUCGUUUCCCCAGACAUGUUAGUCGCUAGCGCACGAUGGCUCAAUGGCAACGAGCUGGCCGAUGAACUAGGCCUCCCUCGUGUCUCAUAUUACUAUUGGGCGCUCAUGGCUGGCCAGUGUCUCUUCUUCAUGGGUGUCUGCUACUUCUACCGUGCUAUACCCAGUCUUGACCAUGGCCAUGUCGAACGACUCAAGCGGAUAUUCUACAACGUGAUCGUGAACGCCAAGUACGGUCUUGCCGGUAUCGAGACUACAUUUGAGUUCAAGUACGUCCCGGAGUAUGAUACCGUCACUGAUAUGGGCAAGCCAAGGGAAAUCAAGCUAAAGAGCUCGGGCGUAGAGAUGAGAAAUUUGAGGGCCUUGGGCAUUUUCUUUGGUGUUGUGGCGAUUGGGGCGUAUGCGGGAAUCAGGGUUGCGUCGAGCUUGGUGAAGACUAUACUGUAGUUAGUUCAUUCGAACAUGUGUCUCUCUCACUUUCAUACAAUGACCUUCUUUUAUCAAGUGUAGAUAUAGCAGAUUGUAGGAACACAUGGGUGCCG